UCAACAAGACAGUGAGGGUCAACCCCAAGGGAGUUGUGUAUUCUCGUAAUAUUGCCUUAUUUUACCAUAUUAUCGUACUCUUAGGACUUACUAAGCCUAUGCAUGGACUAUAGCUAUGAAUUCUCUCCGGAAAUGGUUCUACAGACCCCGGAAAGAUGAUCCUUCAUUGAUGGCACAGUUUUAUUAUGCUGACGAUGAGUUGAACAUGGUAGCUGCGGAGCUGGACAGUUUUGACGGCAGGAAGGACCCCGAGAGAUGUACCGCUCUUGUCAACCAGCUCCGCCAGUGCCAGGAUAGGGUCCUAAAUAUAUGUAUAGAGAUGAUGGAUGAGAUAAUCCCUCGAGAACGGGCCAGUCGGGAUUUUCGUGUGAAGUUCCCUGAUGAUGUCAUGCAGGAGAACCUAGCAGGCCAGCUGUGGUUUGGUGCAGAGUGUUUGGCCGCUGGGAGCAGCAUCAUGAACCGUGAGGCUGAAAGUUCACGCAUGAGACCGCUGGCCAAGGCUGUCACCAAGACCAUUGAGACUGUCAGGAACCUCCUCAGAGAACAGUGCCUCAAACCUAUGCCUGAGUACACAGAGAAGAUUCGAGAAUCUCUUAAGAUUUUUGACAGAUUUUUUGCUGAUUUUGAGUUGAGUUAUGUGAGCGCCAUGGUGCCAGUCAAGAGUGUUGAGGAACACGACGUCCAACAGAAUGUGGUUGUCCUGUUCUCGGAGACUGUUCAGAGGGCUCUCAAACUGGGCUUUACUUCCCAGGACCAGAUUGAUGAUUAUGACCCAGCGUUGAUGUUUACAAUUCCUCGCCUGGCCAUUGUUGCUGGUCUGGUUAUGUUUCCUGAUGGCCCCUUGAACCUGGACCGGGAGCCCAGGAGUCUGUCAGAACUCUUCCGGCCGUUUAGAACUCUCCUAAGCAAAAUACGGGAACUUCUGUGGACGAUGAGCACAAGUGAGUUGGCAGCACUGGAGAAAGCUUUAUGCUCCAUGGAUGAACCUGAUCCAAACACCUCACAGAUUCCAAAUGAUGACAGCUUACCACCAAAUGCAUAUGGACAGGCAUCCUUUACCUCUGAUUUUGUUCAAAAAUUCUAUGCUAGCUACCCAUCAUGUAAGUAUCUCACUCCAGAAUUGAGUACCCUUUACCAACCUGGAAAGAAACCCGAACGCUAUGAACGAAAACGAGAACGGACUUCUGGAAAAAGUAGAGGAUCACGCUCCAGAGCCAGACAAGAACGUCAGAGUGAGAAGUUUCUUGCUCGCCUUAAUGCCACUGUAGAUGAAAGGCCAAGAGCACGUCGCAGAUCACGCCGUAGUCACUCCCACCGCCACCAUCAAAAUCCCCCUCCUCCUCCCCCACCAGAUAGUGACAGUGGGGAAGAGAGUCAUCAUUCCCAGCGCAAUCAGUCAAGAACGUCAUCUCGUACUGAACGUCAGCAGCAGCCUCACCAUCAAAACAUUCCUCCCCCACCUCCACCCCCCUAUGAUCAUCAACACCAUUAUCAGCAACACCAAUCAGACCAUCGCCACCAACACCAGCGACAACACGCUCACCGCCCCAGACGAUCGAGACACCAGCCCGUUGAUAGAAUCAAAACCAUCGCUUGCUCUUGUGGAACUGUUAAUGAAUAUGAACAUGGGUAUUUUGAUGAAUCCCAGCAAGGACCCCAUCAACCUGACACUCACUAUAAUGCUUCUCAGGUUCAUUAUGAAGUGACAUCAGUUCAGUCUCCUAUUGCUCAUCCCCACUGUAGCACUGCCUCAACAAAUUGUGAUAGUCUGUGUGAUAGCGUUCAUGUAACUGUACAGGCCGACAGUAGAUGGGGGGAGGCAGGACCUUCUUAUGUUAGUGAUUGUGUUAGUACUAUAGAAGGGGUGGACCGGAGCACCCUCUCUCCUGGUUCUCUGUCUGAAAUUCAAGAUAAUGAGAACAAGGAUACUGAGGCUCUAGCAAGUGCCACAGCACAACUGUGUGUUUUUGAUGACACUGGUUGCUGCAUAUUUUCUUGUUGUGAAAUGUGUGGAACUACUCAAACAUUUUCAGGUCAUGACCAGAACAUUUCUAUAGACAGUUCAGGUAACCCAACUGUUGCAGACAAAAUAAAUCCCUGUGAAUAUGCUGAAAAAAUAUCAGAGAUGGAGAAAAGAGAGUCUGUUCCAUCUGAAGAGGUGCAUGAACAAACAAUAAUAAUUUGCAAAGAAAUAUCUUCUAUAUCUUGCACACGAGAAACUGGCCAAGGAAAUUAUCAAACUCCUGGUCAGACAACCACUUCAGCUCCUGUAGAUCCUGUUAGCCCAGAGAGUCAGAGUGGACGUUAUUCAAGUGGAUCAACAUCACCUUAUAACUCUGGUGCUGAAGAUGAUGAAGAAGUAGCCUUGGCUCUUCAAGCAGCAGAAGUUGCUGCUACUUGGAGGCCUCGUGCAAGAUUUUCUGAUGCUCAGGAUUUGAUUCAUCGUCUAUUUGUGUGCAUCUCUGGUGUUGCUGAUCAGCUGCAAACAAACUAUGCCAGUGACUUGAGGAAAAUUCUUAAAUGUGUGUUCCUGAUGAACCAAAGUCCCCCAGAGGAGCCACCGAAGAGUGAGGAACCCGAAUGGUCUGCGUCUUCCCCAAUACAUUCCUAUGAAGAUGAUGAAAUUGCCGAGAACUCCAUUGGUGGCAAUGACUCGGAACGGCUAAGUGUUGAGAGUGCUGAGGAUGCCCUUGUUGUUAUAGGGACUCCUGAACAUCGCUGCAACUCACCUGUAGAAACUACAGAGGAUCGGCCCAUGGGGGAUUCCCCUCAUUCAUCUUCUCAUUCAUCACCACACUCGUCCCCACCAUCAUCCCCAUCAGCUAUUACCUCCUCAAUAUCUCCUCUUGCUGCACCCCCAAUAUCUACCUCGGCUUCAUCCAUAGUAUUACCCCCACGGGUGAUGCAGUCAUCUCACAUUUCUCCAGCAGACAUCCCCUUAUCUCCGACAGAUACAUUUCCAGCAUCAACAUCUCCACCUAUGUGUCCUCCGUCCAUACAAGUCCCAGCUGCCAUCUUUAAUGAUCAUGCUCUCAUGCAAUUUUCAGAAGUUACUCAGGCAUCCAUCCCUCCAAAUGUUGAGCUGCUUCCUCCCACACAAGUGCAGCAUGCCGAGUCUUUUGGUAUCACUCCUGACUCCUUCACUCUGUCCCCACAGGAGCAGUCAAUGGGGUCUCGGGAUGGCGUUGAACUAGUUUCACCGAGCAGUCCUAGAGAACGAAGCAAUGAGUCAGGUCGCCGCCGCCGCAGGGUUCAGGAACCUCCAGCUUGGGUACCUGACCAGCAAGCCCCAAGAUGUAUGGCCUGUGGAGCAGCAUUCACCAUGGUUCGCAGACGUCACCACUGUAGAAAUUGCGGAAAGGUAUUCUGUGCACACUGCAGCCAGCACGCUGUGCCUCUGCCUCACUACGGGAUCUGGAAGGCUGUACGCGUGUGUAAUGUCUGCUUCCUCUACUAUGUCACCUUUACCACAGAAACUGCAACGCCCUCUUCUUGACCCAACCACCAAAGCAACGAUGAUCCCCAUCGCCAUUACUGCCAAUUUCACAGCCACCGGCACGGUAGACAGCAUCACCAGUAUGAAAGACAGCAGUACCAGUAUGACAGACAACACUCUCACCAUCAUCUCCAUCACUACAACUAUUACCAACACUAACAUUGACCAAUAUGAUCACCGUUGUGGUUACCCUUAACCAUAGUGAAACGUACAGAGGCUGUCUAUGGAGACUUCCAACUAAUUAGCUCAAUCAGUAGAAUCAACAGAUACCCAACUGAUAGACUCUGCACUUUAAUUUUAGCACAGUUACUAACUAAUAAAGCCUCAAAUGAUUGCCUUACUGUUUGACUGUUAAUGUUACCAAAGGUGUCUUGCAGUUCAUUAUGAAAAUUUUUAAUGUAGUUGUCCACAGUGAAGAGGAUUUUGACUUAGUCUAAGUGUAUUAGUAGGUGUGUGGUAGAGGAUAUGCUGUACAUUGGAUACCAUGUAUCUCACAAUUUAGAAUUCAAACUGUUGUUAAUAAAAUGUUAGCGAGUCCCACUGGCUGGGUCACUGCCAUGUGUAUAGGUUACUUAGGUUUGUGGCACAACAGCACUAAGACAGGAAUUUGUUUUUUAGUUGCAAAAUAGACUAACAAUUUUAUACUUAGUAAGUGCACUUGAUCACUUUUUUGUAUUUUCUUUUUCUAGUUGUGUAUGGUCUGUAAGUACUGUAGUAAGGUGUGAGACUCCUGCCUAUGCUGUAGUUAGUUAUUUUUUCUUCAAAUUGUUAUUAAUAAAUUACAAGCAGGACUGAUUUGAGGGUUUUAAGAAAACCACAUUGCCAUUAUCAAACAUAGCUUAUUCAUCAUUUUAUUAAUGUUGGCAGGUUGUCCUAGUCAUAAACCAGUUUAAAUAGUCAUACUUGUGACAUAAACAAUGGGUUAAAUUAAAAGGUGUAUUUUCUUAACUUGGAUAGUGCAUGUCCACUGUCCUGCUGUGCUUCUGAAUAGAAUUGGUGGGGGCUAAAUUUUGAAUGUACAAGGAUAUUUGCAUGAGCCACCCUUUUGUGUAGUGGUGUAGUGGAAGACUUAAUCAUGUAUCUAUAGAUUAACAAAUAUAACAGAACAGUGUUGAAGUGGUUCUGACCAGUUGUAACUCGACUGCAGUCGUAUCUUAAUUUUGCUAAGCUUACAUUUCCUGUAAAUAAGUCACCAUUUCUUAUUUUUUUAAAAUGUCAUUAUUUUGGGGGAAUUUUGGAGCCUUUUAAUAAUCAUCUUGGGGUAUUUUCUGAGUAAGAAAGAAUAAUAAUACAAGCUCUUCAAAAGAUUUAUUAUGAGAUGAUUAAAGUUAAAUGGCCUAUUUUGCUGUAUGCCAAAGCAAAUCAAAUGAAGGCAAUAGACUGUAGUGUGAACAUUCUUAAGACACUUUCUUACAAAGGAAAAGCUAGACAGCUAAUGCCUUUUAUAGGUAGUACAGUUUCUCUCUCCACAAUUUCUCUUAAGUCCCUCUGCUACUAGUUUAGUUUGGGAUGGAAUUAUUCUCUGUCUUUGUGGUUUGGUCUUCAUUUUUGCCCUCAAUAUUUAUCAGAAAAAGCAAAAAUUUCUUUUAUUUUAUUAAUACACAUUUAAUAUAUUUUACCGGUGGGUGCAUAAAAGUGUAUAAUACAUCAAUUAAAGAAAAUUAUCAGAAUAGGUGAAGGGGAAUUUAAAAGUCAAAGUUAAAUUAAUUUGGCUCAUGCAUAGAAGAUGAGGACAGACACUGUCUUCCCACUUCUGUUCUAAAUACUUUUCUUUAUUUUAUGUACUGUAAAUUCUCAUUCUUGUGGGGGUUAAAUUCCUGGAGAAUACCUGGUAAUUAGUUUAAAAAUCUUGAGAAAAAUGGGAUACAUUCCAGGACCUGUAUUUCUUCACUCCAGCUCACUAAAUUUUAUAAUAAAACCCAACUGUCCUUAACAUGAACAUUUUUGAGGUUAUUGUGUAUAUUUUCAAUGUUUCAGAAUGAGAAUGUGGUCCAGGCCAGCCUUGUUUGGUAGUCUCUCAUGGUAGUGUUUGUCUACCUCACACUUCCAGGUCUUCUUCACAUAUCACAUAUAGUACUCUCCUAGUGUUUUUGAUAUUGUGUGAUUAUAAUAGCUUCUGUUUUUACAUAUUCAUUACUAAAUGAAACUAACAUGGCUGUCAGUGAUGACACUUGAUCACUCAUGGGAAACUAGUUUUAUUAAAUUUAUUGCUGUACCAUAUUUACACCUGAUGCUAUAUUUUUUUUUCAUGAUUUAUGUAAAUACCUAAUUUUAGUUUGGCUUCAUUCAGGACAGAAUCCCCCAUUAGUAACCUUGACAGUAUUACAUUUUUCACUCAUAACUCCUAGCAUUAUGUACAGUAUAGCAAAGCAGUAUGAAUGGAUAUUACAAUCAUUGGUUAGUCACAGCUUUUCAAAUUGUGAUUUUGGGGUGUAUUGUAUACAGUACAGUACUCCAUGUACUGUAUAUUGAAUAAUCUUUAUGUUGAGAAAGAGUUUACAGAAACCUUUCCUAUAAAAAGUUAAUUGCUAAUUUGAGAAAUUUUGCAAAUUAUAAGGAAAGUCGAAAUUCUAUACUGUAGUAGGUAGCGAUUUAGUAAACAUGUUGGCUGUGAUUCAAGUUUGGAAAUUAGGAACACACUUUUACUCCGAGGAUGAAGAACUUACACUAUUUUGUAUAAUUAUCUCUUGGAAUUUUAUGUUGUAGAUGGUACAGUGUGUGGAUAAGUACACAUUUGCCACUACAGUGAUGGCACCGAGUGUUCUUAUCUUUGCUAAUACUGUACUGUAUCCUGUUUGCAUUAUCAUUAAUAGAUUUAACAAUUCUACACAAACCAUGAAUGAUAAUUUCCUUUACGGUAUUUAUUAUUUUUAACAUUACUAAAUACUGUAAGGAGAAAGUCACCCUACUAUGGUGUUGUCAGUACGGGCAUUCACAGUUGAGUUUCAUAAUUGGAUGUGUACUCUCUUAAAUUUAGGAUAUGAUUAAGAAUGUAUAUGGAAUAUUUUAAUUUGUCUUCCCCCUUUACCUGUUGUUUUUACUAUAUUAUUGUACCACUAUUCUUCCUCUCUCUCUUUGACAUUUCUCUGCCCCACACAAUUUGUUAAAGAAGUACUGAAGAGAUAACUAGAACCUG